AUGUCCUCCUCAAAUUCAAGUUCACCAGAUCGAAAGAGGAUACGGUUUUCUUGUUCACAGUCAUCGUCAUGUAAUGAUACAAAAAGAAAUCGACGCGUUAUCAGCGAAAGUGAUAGUGAUGAAAUUAAUGAUAUUGAAAUAGAUAAUGUUGUAACUACAAUUGAUAAAGUUAGUUCAAGUGAUUUCUCACAGAACAUCGAAAGAGAAACAAGUCGACUUAGCGAAUUAUCUAUAGAAAAAUCUAAAAGUGAUUUAAGUGAAAGUGACUCUGAAAAUUUGCCAAAUUUAGGUAAUUUUAUUGGUGAUAAUUCAAUGAAUAAUAAUAAUGAACAUAAUGAAAAUGAUACUACUGAUGAUAUUAACUCUGAUACUACUAACAACGUUAACUCUGUGAAAAAUCCAGAGGAGGAGUUAAAAAGUGCAAUUACCAAAGUCGCUAUUCUUGAUGGAAAAUUCUUUUUAGUCGACUUUAGUAAAUCAACUAUUAAAAAUGAUAUAGCUAAAUGCCAAUUUUGUUCAGGAGAAAAAUAUUAUAAAGGCUCUUUACGAGCUACUUCCAAUUUUUCGUCACAUUUAAAAUUAAAAAAAAAUGAUCCAGCAAACAUAUCAACAGUUGACAGAAAACGGUGGUCUUGUAGCUAUAAUCAAGAGAAAUUUGAAGAAAACUUGACUUAUUUUGUUUUAGAUAGUAUGUUGCCCAUUAAUGUAGUUGAGAGGCCAUCUUUUCGUCAGAUUUUUGAUGAUUUACAAGUCAAAAAGGGCGAGUCACAGUUACAGCAUUUAUCUCGAUAUUCACUGGGAAAACGGAUUAAAACUUAUUUUGAUAAAAGUUUUAAUGAAAUUCGACAACACUUAGAAUCAGUAACAACAAACAAUGGUUUUGUCUGUACAACAGCCGAUGUAUGGACAAGUGGGAGUAGAAGAUUUUUGGGGGUCACAAUGAGUUGGAUUGAUCAAAAAAGCUUAGCAAGAAAAUCUGAUGCUGUUGCUUGCAAGCGUUUUCUGGGCACUCAUUCAUUCGAUGCAAUUGCUAAAAAAUUAUUUGAUAUUCAUUCUUCAUUUGAUUCGUCUGAAGUGAGUUGCGAUGAUAAUGAUGAAGAGAUUUUUGAUGCUUUGGAUGACAUUUCUGUGAGAGCUGAAGAAGAAUUCGAUUUGACAUGUGAAAUAGCAUUACCUCAACAUUUGCGGUGUGCUAGUCAUACUCUCAACUUGAUAGCAACAACAGAUAUCAGUAAGGGUAUUGAAGCAUCUCAAGUUUUAAAAAAAAGGCACACAAAUGUUGUUAAGAAGUGUUCAUCUUUGUGGAAGCAACUACGAUCUCCGAAGAAGAACGAAUAUUUUAAAUUAUAUCUAGUACUUACAUCUAACAAAAUUACGUGUCCACUGACCACUCCACUGUCAGUACCAAAUAUUGUUGUCAAAUUUUCACCUGAAAGAGACUAUAUUGAGGCAAAAGAAAGAUUAGAUUUGCGAUACAAUGACGCUGAGACCAUUAGAGGAACUCAAAAUUUUCAUUCAGUUAUUCCCAGGAGCAACGGAAACAUAAUAACUAAGGAGUAUUCAAGUUUAUAA